AAGAGUUCCUUCUAUUGUGGGAUGGUCAAUAUUGCAAGGCAACAACUUUGCGAGGCAACUUUGUCAUCCGAUCUCCACAUUUCGAGCGAUUAAGCAUGUCUGCCGGUCCGGGGUCCCCUGCGCGCGCCGCACCUGGUGGGGAUCCCGACCUCGAUGUGGUUUCUCGGCCGGACGAUGCCGCGUUGCCCAGCUCCACCCUUAGCUGGAAUACGUCCCUCUCGCGGACGUCAGUCUCUAGUCUUAGCCGAGCCAUAUUUUCGGAGCAGCAAAACUACUCGGCACACGGCCUCGACGAUGUCCUCCGGGUCGUCAAAAACCUCCGUCUACGGCACUACCGCUUCGGGGAGCUGGUCCGGCAAGAAGUUCUCGGCGAGGGCGAAACGUAUAUAGUAGAGCGCUGCCGUGUCCGGGACGCGGUUUUCGCCGUCAAGCAUCUCAAGGUGCGCUCGGACGCCGGCGAGGAACUCUUCCGGCAACGACUCAGGUCCGUCGUCUUGGAACUCCAGAUCAUGUGUCACGGACCUCUCCGCCACCACCCCAAUGUGCUCGCGGUCCUGGGCUAUGGCUGGAAUAUGCACGACACCCUGGUUGUGCCUUAUAUUCUCGUCGAGCACGCGCGCUACGGGACUCUGCGCCAGUACCUCCAAGCCGCGGCCAAGCCUUUGCCGGUCCGGCACAUCGAAUCCCUCACGGGCGAUGUAGCUGCCGCCCUCUCAGCCAUCCACACAUGCGGCAUUAUCCACGGUGAUGUCAAGCUCGACAACACACUCGUCAUGCCAUCCUGGGACCGGCCCGCGGGGGCACUGGUAAAGCUCAUCGAUUUCGGACACGCCAUCGUGAUGAAUGACAAGUCGAGGAAGAAUGAUGGUGGUCCCAUGCGAUACGGGGGAACGCUUAUCUAUAACGCCCCCGAGGUUGGGAAUCAGAACCUUUUCCCUAUCCCCAGAGAGGACCUCCCUAAAUGUGAUAUGUGGGCUUUCGGCCUCCUGCUCUGGGAGGCAUGUAUACAGGGCCGCGAGUAUCUGAAGUAUCUGCAAGAGAGGUGGCCGGACACAGCAGCGAGUCGAGCCGAGACGUCUGUCCCACCAGCGGAUCUGCUUCAUCAUUACGCCAUGCGCUCCAUCCCGGGAGGUUUACAAUACAUGUUUGUCCGUGCCGUUCUGCGCUGGACCCUCCAGGCGGACCCGGAAAACCGCAUUUCGGACGUUCGAAAAGCUCCGAUUUUGACGGCGAACGAAUGGUUUGCUGUUGGUUUGGGGGGACUCGCUGCCGACCUGGCUCUCCACCUAGAAAGUCCAUUGCCAACCUUUGAGAUGUUCCGAUCCGAGAACGGACGCGAGAUCCCCUGGGCACAUGAAAAAGGCCUCUUGCAAGGUCUCGAGCGCGCCCACGUGGCUAAGCUGUCCAAAGACGUCGGCCCUAUCGCAUGGCAGAUUGCACUUUGCCACUAUUUCGGCUUCGGUACGGCACGGAAUUCUAGGAGCGUCACCGAAUAUGUCCAGAUUGCGAGAGCCUACAACCAUCCCCUUGCCACGGCCUUUGGACAUGUACUGGAACAAGAGCAGGCCAAUUCAAAAACCCCCCAAGCAACAUACGCCACCCAAAUCGCUGAACUGCUCCGAGCCACGGACAUGGCACUCGAGAUGCCACCGCUCGUAAAUGCAUGCUUCAACGGCGACUUGACGACUAUUUUAUCCUUAGUUAGGGAUAAAAAGUACAAUGAAUCCGAGACAUCCGAUGGUUGCAACCCGUUCCACUGGAUUUUUAUGCUUGGUGAUGGAAGAACCGCUAAAGGAAUACGGACGUUUGCCGAGCUUGUCAAGGAGCAAGACAGGCGCCCAAGGACGUUUGCCGAGCCUGUCACGGAGGAAGACAGGCGGGCGUUUGCCGAGCCCGUCAAAGAGCAAGACAAGCGCCCAAGAACGUUUGCCGACCGUAUCAACGAGCAAGACAAGCGCUCAAGAACGCUUGCCGACCUUUUCAAAACGCAAAACAAGCGCGAAAUAACGAUUGCCAAGUUUUUUGAAAAGUACCUCAAAACGCUUGCCGAAGAGCAAGACAAGCGCCGAAGGACGUUUGCCGAGCCCGUUGAGGAGCAAGACAGGCGCCUAAUAACGAUUGCCGAGGUUUUUAAGGAGCAAAACAGGCACUUAAGGACGUUUGCCGAGGAGCAAGACAAGCGCCGAAGGAGGGUUGCCGAGCUUUUCAAGGAGCAAGACAAACGCCUAAAGACGUUUGCCGAGCUUUUUAAAGAGCAAGAUAGGCGCCCAAGGACGUUUGCCGAGCCCGUUAAGGAGCAAGACAGGCGCCCAAGGACGAGUGGCAGCAUGUCGCCGACGCGUGCGCAAGUUAAUUCGCCAACUCGCACACUCCGCAAAGUGCACGAACAGUGGCCGCUACAUUUCCUAGGAACUCCAUUGUCGGCAUCGAUAUCGGUCAACAGCCUCUACGGUGUCAAGGCACUGCUCUCUCUCGGGGCCGACCCCUUGCGACGUGUGUACCACGACGGCCAGUUCCCCGCCGAUGACGCUCGUUCGGAAUGGACGGCUCUCCAUGUGGCAGCGAAGUAUCACUGUAGCGAAAUUUUCGUGGAGCUGGCGAAGCACGUUCCAGUCGAAGAGCAUCGCGACAUCUCACCUCUGGCUUGCGCUCUGAGCUACUCAAGCCCGCUCGACCGCAUCGCCAUGCACGGCGCCCUGCACCGCAACGAGCUGGACAAAACAGUGGUCGCCAUACAAAGCAUACAGGCACUUGACACGGCAUCGCGCAGUGGAAUGUCGCCAAUGAUGCAGGCGAUCGACUUUGACGAUCACGAUGUAGUUGCUGCCCUCCUUCGCGCAAGCCCCAACCUCGCGGUCGCCCGUAUGGUCUUGCCCUGCAACGAGUCCGUCUUCACCUACCCAAUUCACUUCGCCUCCCAGAUCGCAUCUCGGCGCGAUCCACCAGAGGAUCCUUUUGUAUUUCAACUUAUUGAGUCGUCUGCGAAUCGUUUCGGCGAUGGCGCGGACGCACUGAUGGCCCGAGACGAUCAUGGCCGCACUCCACUCCACCUUGCCGUUACCGGGCCCUCAAGUCGCGUCGCUAAACGGAUCCUUGCCAAACGGCGUGACUUGCUUGAGGCCGAAGAUUGUUUCGGACGUACCGCGUUGCACUACUGCGGCUCAACCGUCAACCUCGAGUUGCUUCUUGGGGCCGGCGCCGACAUCGACCAUUGCGGUGCAAACGGCAUGGCUGCGCUGCACUGUGCGGCCCGCGACGCCGAGAUUGAGCUUGUGCAGGUAUUGCUUAAGCAUCGUCCACGAUUGGACCUGAACGAAAACGUGUACGGGACGCCUCUCCACCUCGCCGUGUGGCGCGAUUCUAUGAAAAUAGUAAGAGAGUUGCUGGAUGCCGGAGCCCCCGUCAACCAUAGCGACACGCGGGGCAAUACCUCACUUCACGUCGCCGCGAGGCUCAAUCGAACCAAUAUCUGCCGACUCCUACUGGACUCCGGAGCUGCCGCCAAUGCACUGAAUAAGAAUUUAAAGACAGCCAGACACAUCGCGGCGGACGUAGGCACGCGGGGCAAUGAGGGCAUUCUCAAGCUCCUGGAGGAAAGGGGCGCGCGGAAAAUCGGGCGGCCGCGUCUCCAUACCGAACCCGACUUUCUUUGGGACGCCGAUAGCCCCCACUUGUCAGGACAGCCUCUAGGGUACGCGGAGCUCGACGGCUCGUAACAAAACGGACGACACUUGCGCGGAUUGAAAGUAGCGCAGCGGCGGUGUGGUGGCGUGGCGCGUACCCGUGUAAAUUCUCCGUGCUAAAGCUUGGAAUAGUGUGCCGGCCCGUGGUGAUAGC